AUGAUGACAUCGAUUGAGACUGGUAGUGAAGUAGAGUGGUCUUCAGAAGUCAACUAUCACUUCCGACUCUCGGCCUUCCAGGAUAGGUUGCUCGAAUUCUUCAAGAACAACCCCGAAUGGAUAACCCCGGAGCACCGCAUGAAGGAGGUUGUGCAAGCGGUCGAAUCAGGAUUGGAGGACCUGUCUGUUUCUCGACCGUAUGAACGAUUAACGUGGGGUAUUCGAGUUCCCGGAGACGACUCGCAGACCAUCUACGUAUGGCUCGACGCGCUGAUGAACUAUGCGACUAAGGCCGGAUACCCGUGGACACCAGGCCGCGAACAAGCCGGAGGCUGGCCCGCGGACUGUCAUGUCAUCGGCAAGGACAUUGUGCGGUUCCAUUGCAUUUACUGGCCCGCCUUCCUCAUGGCUCUUGGACUUCCAUUGCCCAAGAAGAUUCUGACACACGCUCACUGGACUCUUGGAGGGUCAAAAAUGUCCAAAUCUACUGGCAGGGUUGUUGAUCCUUUCCACGCCCUUGAUCGGUUCGGUCCGGAUGUUAUGCGCUUUUACAUGGCUCGCGAGGGUGGUAUACAAGACGAUGCGAGCUAUGACAAUUUCCGCAUCAUUGGUUUGUACAACAAGUUCUUGAACCAGCAACUCGGCAACCUGGCUUCUCGUGUUACACGAGGCAAGAAAUGGAGCGUCCGUGGCGCAGUCGAGCGUGUUGGUGGGUGGCCAGCGGAGGAGUGGGCGGAAGGACCAGGUUCCAAGUUCCGGAAUAAUUCUCUUGCUACCAUCGCCUCGCAAGUAGAUGCAUCUUUUGAUGCCUACGAUCCGCGUAAAGCCGUGUCUCAAAUCGCAGAGUUUGUCCGAGGGUCGAACGCUUUCUUCCAGAUGUCGCAACCAUGGGACAAGGUCUUGACCUUUGGCCCAGGAGAGCCUGGCGAGGAUGUCGACAAGAUCAUCUAUCUUGCCGCUGAAGCACUUCGAAUCACCGGUAUCCUAUUACAGCCAUACAUGCCGAACAAAGCACGCAUGCUACUUGAUCAGCUAGGCGUACAGCAAGAUCGAAGAACCUUUGAAUACUGCAAGCCUGGCGCUGAUCUAGACUACGGAACUCCGUUGGUGGAGCUGGGUGCAGCGCACAAGGGUGUGUUGUUUCCCCCACUGCCGAGCGAGGGAUGA